AUGAAGGGGUUUGGAAACUUUGACAGAGUGGUAAAGGUGUUUAGUUCGAGGAAGAUUCUAAAGCUAAAUUAUCAAUUAAAGAAGAUAUUAUGGUCCAAUAAAGUUUUAUUAAAAGAGUCAAAGGGAAGAUCGUUUGAUAAUUCAUUAAUAUAUUGUGGAAUCAACAAUAUUAAUAUAAUAAGCAAUGGAUUAAGAUCUCAAAAAACAACCUAUAUCUCAAAACCUAUAAACAUACUAUCAUUUUAUCUCUCAAUAUCAGGAAUCGUGUACCAUAUCAAGGCCAGAGUUAAAUUAAAUGAUAAAACGUGUGAAUCUAGAACGUUUUACACACCCUCGAAAUCCUCAUUGGUCCUUCUGUCAACAAUAUCUGAUAAAAACAUAAUACUCAUUUUUUUAAAAUAUUUCGGCGUAGAUUUAAAAAAUGUGUACGAUAUUAAACACCUGCUACUGCUAUAUUCUACAAUAGACAAACAGAUGGCUCCAGAACAUUACUCUCAAAUAAUUAGGACUCAUUUACAUCAGAAAGAAGGGCCUAACCUUGUUAAACUCGAACAUUCAGAGAAUAAUUUAAUAAAUUUCGAGGAGCCUUGUAUGAAUAUGAAAGAUUCUAAUACUAUAGUGGAUCAAUUGAGCUUAAUUCAGAAAUCACCAUCUCUUUUGGUACCAUUUGCUAGAAUACACAAUCUCAGGAGUUAUUUAUAUUCCAAGUACGGAAUCAACAAUGAGACUUUUAACCUGAGGUUUGAAACUGUUUACAGAGAAAUCAAGUCAAACCCAAGGAUUUAUUCCCCAGUUUACGAAAAAAAGCUCGAUUCUGGUACUUUGAGGCCCAAAAUACUGGAGGAAAAACUUCUCUCAAGUCUUCUUAACAGCGAUAAAUCAGUUAAACUGAAAUUAGUAUCAAAGCCUGCCGAUUUAAAUGGUAUAAUACUUUACCGUUUUGACGGUAAGAUAAUUUUGAAUAUAAACUCGUUCUAUGUUGAUGAGCUCGAGGGUGAGAUAUUUCACUUGUACGGAUUGGUAAACGAAGGGAAUUUCAAGUAUUUUAGCGAUAAGAAAGUGGGUGACACAGUACAGUGUGCACACGAAGAUUCGGAAAACAUCAGAAUUAAGUUUAAUGAUGAGAAGCCAUGUAUACCAGUAAAGAGGUUUAACCAAGAAUCACUAGUCUACAGUUUAAGGAAAUGUAUUAAUUUAAUGAGUAGGGCAUACCAUGGGACGAAUCAAUGUUGUGAGUGGAGUCGACAUCACCAGAGUCUAACCCGUGAGAAAUAUACCUAUUCCAUACCCAAACCCCUCCCUUAUCAUUCUCAUGAACCCAUGGGAUUCAGCCUUUUGAAGGUUCUGUGA